GUAGCUGAUCCCUCCCCCGCGGGCUACGUCGCGCCCUCCUUUUUUUUCAAACCCGGGGCUGGGCGGGGAUUGGUGGGCCGGGCACUCACGUGGUUAACGGUCGCGGGAAGCCGCGGAGCCCGAACCUGCGGCUGGACCUGCGGAGACCCCAGCCUCGGCGCCCGCGCCGCCCCGCCUCUGCCGGACAGUCCGCGCCGCCGCCGCCGCCGCCGCCACCGCGGUCCGGAGCGCCCCGGAGCUCAGUCCGCCGCCCCGCAGGUCCGCUGCCGCGGCCACCAGGCGCGCCCAGGCGCACGUGGCGGACCCGCCCCCUGGGCCGGCCGAGCCCUGGACUCCGCGGGCCCCGGCUCUCCGGUCCUCGGCCCCGGCCCCAGGGGCGCGAUGAGCUUCCUGAGUCGGCGGCAGCCGCCGCCGCCCCGCCGCGCCGGGGCCUCCUGCAGCCUGCGGCAGAAGCUGAUCUUCUCGCCCUGCAGCGACUGUGAGGAGGAGGAGGAGGAAGAGGAGGAGGAGGGCAGCGGCCACAGCACCGGGGAGGACUCGGCCUUUCAGGAGCCCGACUCGCCGCUGCCGCCCGCGCGGAGUCCCACGGAGCCCGGGCCCGAGCGCCGCCGCUCGCCCGGCCCGGCCCCCGGCAGCCCCGGGGAGCUGGAGGAGGACAUGCUGCUGCGGGACGCCUGCCCGGGCGCGGACGCGGCGGGCGGCGGGGCCGAGGGCGACUCGUGGGAGGAGGAGGGCUUCGGCUCCUCGUCGCCGGUCAAGUCGCCGGCGGCCGGCUACUUCCUCGGCAGCUCCUUCUCGCCGGUGCGCUGCGGCGGCCCGGGGGACGCGUCCCCGCGCGGCUACGGGGCGCGCAGGGCGGGCGACGGCCCCUGCUCGCCGCUGCCGGACCACCCGGGCACGCCGCCGCACAAGACCUUCCGCAAGCUGCGGCUCUUCGACACGCCGCACACCCCCAAGAGUUUGCUCUCCAAAGCUCGAGGACUCGAUUCUAGCUCUGUUAAACUCCGAGGUGGUUCUCUAUUCAUGGAUACAGAAAAAUCAGGAAAAAGGGAAUUUGACAUGCGACAGACUCCUCAAGUGAAUAUUAAUCCUUUUACUCCAGAUUCUGUGUUACUUCAUUCUUCAGGACAGUGUCGUAGAAGAAAAAGAACAUAUUGGAAUGAUUCCUGUGGUGAGGACAUGGAAGCCAGUGAUUAUGAGUUUGAAGAUGAAACAAGACCUGCUAAGAGAAUUACAAUUACUGAAAGCAAUAUGAAGUCACGGUAUACAACAGAAUUUCAUGAACUAGAGAAAAUUGGCUCUGGAGAAUUUGGUUCUGUGUUUAAGUGUGUGAAGAGGCUGGAUGGGUGCAUUUAUGCCAUUAAGCGAUCAAAAAAGCCAUUGGCCGGCUCUGUUGAUGAGCAGAACGCUUUGAGAGAAGUAUAUGCUCAUGCAGUGCUUGGACAACAUUCUCAUGUGGUUCGAUAUUUCUCUGCAUGGGCAGAAGAUGAUCAUAUGCUUAUACAGAAUGAAUAUUGUAAUGGUGGAAGUUUAGCUGAUGCCAUAAGUGAAAACUACAGAAGCAUGAGUUACUUUACAGAAGUGGAUUUGAAGGAUCUCCUUUUGCAGGUUGGCCGGGGCUUGAGGUAUAUUCAUUCAAUGUCUUUGGUUCACAUGGAUAUAAAGCCUAGCAAUAUUUUCAUAUCUCGAACCUCAAUCCCAAAUGCUGCUUCUGAAGAAGGAGAUGAAGAUGACUGGGUGUCCAACAAAGUUAUGUUUAAAAUAGGUGAUCUCGGACAUGUAACAAGGAUCUCUAGUCCCCAAGUUGAAGAGGGUGAUAGCCGUUUUCUUGCAAAUGAAGUUUUGCAGGAGAACUAUACCCAUCUACCAAAAGCGGAUAUUUUUGCCCUUGCUCUCACAGUGGUAUGUGCUGCAGGUGCUGAACCUCUUCCCAGAAAUGGAGACCAAUGGCACGAAAUCAGACAGGGUAGAUUACCUCGGAUUCCACAAGUGCUUUCCCAAGAAUUUACAGAGUUGCUAAAAGUUAUGAUUCAUCCAGAUCCAGAGAGAAGACCUUCAGCAAUGGCACUGGUAAAGCAUUCAGUAUUGCUCUCGGCUUCUAGAAAGAGUGCAGAACAGUUACGAAUAGAAUUGAAUGCUGAAAAGUUCAAAAAUUCACUUUUGCAGAAAGAACUCAAGAAAGCCCAGAUGGCAAAAGCUGCAGCUGAGGAAAGAGCACUCUUCACUGACCGGAUGGCCACUAGGUCCACCACCCAGAGUAAUAGAACAUCUCGACUUAUUGGAAAGAAAAUGAACCGCUCUGUCAGCCUUACCAUAUAUUGAGCUACUCAUUUCCCACUUCCCCAAAAAACUGUGACAAGAGGAAGCUAGGUUGAAAUCACUGCUGGAAUCCACUUUGCAAUUACUUUCUCAAUUGGUGUCAGUAGUUUUACUGAAAUACCUUUUAGGACUUGUGUGUGUGAAUUACAGUUGAAAGCUGUAUUUUGACCAUUGGUAUGUCAGGCUUUUGGCUAGUCUUAGCAGUCUCUCUUCUGUAGGAUGUCAGUCACUGUUGGAUGUUACACCGGCCUUUCCAGGGUGAACCACUGUGGUGGUGUGCUGCUUACAAUUUGCUGUUGCAUUGUCAUCAAAGGUAUCUUUACCUAUAGUGACCUGUACAAAGGACUCAAGGGCUUGAUUACAAACAUUUUCUCCCUUUGAAAAGGGAAAUGCUAAGAGACUCAGUACUACUCAGCUUUCAGUGUACCUGUGUCAAUCUUAUAUUUCUUUUUUUUAUUGUGAAUUAUACUUUUAUAUCCAACUGGGAGCACUUUGUAGGCAUUGCAUGAACCAUGGAAUGAUAAUUCUGUGGAAGUAUUGCCUUGUGAAUUUGCUGCUAUUUUAGUUUUGUCUUUGCUGUAAAAUUGUAGCAUUAAACAAUCAUUGUUGUUAAUAGGCUUUCUUUUGAAAACAAUUAUGUGAAAUAUAUAGCUGCUCUUGAUGAAAAGCAGCUAUUUGCCUUUUUUUCUUUGAACUUUGAAGCUAGUGCAUUGGAGAAAUGCACCUUUUUUCCCCCUUUGGAAUGCUGUAUUAAUGUAGUAUAAUUAUUGCUGGUUUUGUAAUUUUUCCUGAUAAUGCCCUUCCCUGACUCCUUUUUAAAAUGUUUCUUCCCGCUGCCCAAGUUUUGUACUUGAUUGUAUUAUUAGUCUGUUUUUGAAUGUUUUGCCCAGUUUUUCAAUAUUUGUGUAUAUAAACUAAUCUUGGUGAUACUGUACAUAGCUGUUUGAAAUGCCAGAAUGACUUCUGACUAUUCCAAGCUUUUCACAAAAUAUAUUUUAUCUGUGAUUAGCCAUUUGACUAAUAAUACUGGCUAACAGAUAUUGCAAAAAAAGAAAAGAAUUUGUCUAUUGUUUGUUUUCCUAUUUUGGUUUAAAACAUGUUUGCACUUGUCUCUUUGACUUGUGUUUUAUUAACAUUGAUUGGCAUAUUAAAAGUCACUCUGAGCUUACC